AGACACUCUCUAACGCAGGGACUAAACACCAUGGUAAGAGCUCUUCAAUUAUUUUCCUUUACUUUGUUUAUAUCUGAAGACAUUUUGAUUUACUGCUGUGGAUACAGAUAUUUCAAAAGUUAGUUGUCUCUCAUGCAUGAACAUAGUUGUUAUGCAUAAAAGUAGCCAAAAUGCUUAGGUGCAGCAGCAUGUGAACAAGGUGUGUUAAUAUUUGUGCGCUCAUAGCUUUUCAAAACCACAACCUCCACGGGAAGAGUGGGGUUUCUGAUAUCGCUUUUAUCAGCAGAUAAGAGUAUAAUAAGAUAAAGCAGAAGAAAACCUCUCAAUCAGAUUAAGUCUAUUUUAGUAUGUGGAAAAAUGAGCGCCUAAAUCAUAAGACUGUUUACUUAUGACUCAAAACACAAAGAAAGAGAUGACAGAGAUUUGUGUUAUCAAUAAAAUCACUGCUAAAUCUGGAUUCUAGUUUCACUCAUCAUACUGUGAAGUAAUAUUCCCAGAAUGUGAUAACAGAAACAGUUCUUCCGUACAAAACUCACUUUGAGAUCCAAAUAAAAUCCCAUUCUUGAAAUGCAGAAUGAAUGGUGCUGUGGAUCUGUCACAUUAACAGCAAAACAGCCUUUUUCUACCUCUUUAAAAUCAGCUUCACCCUCAAAAAGUCUUUACAAUCUUUUCAACACUUCGCAGUGUUCACACAUCAAAGGUAACUCGUACUAACUCUGCUUCUUUUACUAAGUGAGAAGGAGAAGAGUUUAUUUUAACACCAAAACUUGACCUCAUGCAUGCGUUGGAUUCUCCGAAAUAUGUUGUGACAUGACACAGUGUGGGGAUUCCCACUCUGACAUACAGUAUGUCAGAGUGACUAUUUGAUCAUCUGAUGACCCCUAUUAAUAGUAGUAGCACGCUUGCUUUUGUAAAUUGUGGUAUUGUCAGUUAAGGCAUGCGGGUUUCAUUAUGAUUACCACAUACAUAAGUAAAUCAUCAUUAAAUACAUAGAAACACAUCAACUAAAGAGCUCUAGCACCAAGGAGUGGUCUCUUAUUCAGUUCAUUUGAAAAACAAAAAAACAAACUAGGAAUCCUUUGAUAACAGUACAAAAUAACUUAUAAGCUGUAGCUUUUAAAAUGGCCAAAUACAUAUCUCAAUAACUCAAACACAAUAACACAGAUAAUUAUACCAGCUGCUGGUGUUUCAUACACAGAGUCAAAGAAAUAAGAGCUUAAUCUAACAUAUACUAUACGGGGUAGUAUUUGUCUUGGUUUAUAAAGAGAUUUUAAUCUAAAUGCUAUCAGUAGAACCAUCAUGAUCCAUCUGGUGUCAGUUUCCUAAAAACUAGCACUCCUGAUAUUCUAUGACCCAUGGGAGUUUCCUCAGAUGUAGUUUCUGUUAAUCAGAGAAACUAUUGCUAUGAGUCCAAGUAUGCCCUGUGUGCAAAGUUGUUUCUCUGGAAAUUCCCAUUUUAAAAGUUUUAAAAUCAACUUCGUUUACUGCUAAUUUCUUUUCAGAGCAAUGUUUCAGUAUUUUAAAGGAAAGCCGUCAAUGCUAUUUAGAAACUGUGUAUGAGCAAUAUGAAACUAGGAGCCCAAAGAGACCAUGGAUUGAGAGAUAUUUCCAGUUUCACAAAGGGUUCACUGCUCCUUUCCCCUUUUUGAUCCAGCCACACAAAUGUCCCUUCAGAGGAUCAUGUACACACUGUUUUUCAUUUAGGGAAUUACCCAAGAUUUGGGCUGUAGCAAAUACAAACUUUUCACUUAAACACAGAAAUAAGAACUACCUGUAACCAAUAACACUCACCAUUUCAUUUCUCUUGAUUAGAAAGAUUAGAAAUUAGAAAGGAAGACAUAUUCCCUCCUUCACGGGCGUGUCAGCUGAAACAGGCUCACUCAGACUGGGACUUUCCAAUGACCAUAGAAAACACCUCUACUUGGGUUCUUUCAGGAAGUACGACCCAGACUUUAUGGAUAAGAUAUGUUAUUGUUUGUGCUCUCAAAAGAAGGGAGGAGUGUGUGCUUUAUUAGCAAAAAUCAGCGACAACAUCUGUGCUGUGACAAAUUAGAAGGGAUUUCCUCAUCACAGGGCAUCUGGUUCAUUCUACAAAUUCCAUUUGGCAUCAUGUGUCAGUGGACUAGUGUAAGACACAUUAUAUUAAGUAGAAAGGUGUUGUAAGACAUAGGCCUGACUACACCCAUCUUUUUGGAUUCUGGUGUUUUUUAAAAUUCAGUCCAGGGGUGAGCUCUCUUAGUAUUUAUUUAUUUAUUUAUUUUUGAGUCCUAAUGUUCCAUGACAGGUCAUUCAGGUUCCCUGAGCAGUCUCAGCUGACUGUCUAUUAGAGUAAACAAAAAUUCAGGAGUGAUCAUGGUUGUGUAGUGAGCCCCAGUUUUUGCCCUUUGCCUGCUCUUAUCUGUGGUUUAACUGAAGAAAUAUCCUAUGCAUUAGUUCUUGUACUUCAUCUUGAUAUUUGUGUGCCAUUAACAUGAUUUUCUGGUUAUCCUUCAUAUUUUUGCACAUGUUUGUAAAGCACUCUUCCAAACUCACAGUGUCUAGAUGAACCGGACCUAAACUGACUUUUUUUGUGUUGUCAACAGGUACCUCUCUGUAACCCAAGGGACUUUCUGUGAGUACCUCUGAAUCUUUUUUUUUUUUUUUUUUUCAAAUGGUGUCAGCAGUUUACACAGCAAUGCCUGUUAACUUUAUUGAGUAUGACCUCAUCAUUGAAGAACUCGUGAGCAUUUACUUGUUGGGUUGGGGUGAGAAAGAGAGGCAUAGAGACUUUCAGAUUCAUACACUCUCAGCAUUCCUACUGUAAGUUAGCCAACACUAAGCUGAAAACUCACUGAUUUAGUGCACAUUAUGGAUCCAAAAAGGUUGUAAAAUGUCACUUAAGUGCUCAUACAGUUGAACAGUGUGGGUUUGGGGUAAAUAUAGAGACUGUACAGAAAUAUCUUUCAGUGUAAACUUUUUUUAGUAUGCCAUUACCUUGAAAAGAGGUAGGAAGAGCUUGUUCAGAUGAUAAUAAAAAAAAUAGAGCACAUACGUACAGAAGCUGUGAACUCCCACGCUCACUGGGCACAAGGCCAGGAAGAUUUAAUUUUGCUUUUGUCUUUCAGGUUCCCUGCGCAGUCUCGGCGGACUGACAACAAGCUUUUCUUUGGACUACUGGGUGUGGUUUUGCUAUUGCACUCUUCUGUCAUUGGUAAGUAUGUCAGCGUUAUCAUUGCAUCAACACACCUUUGCUUUGUUUCAACUGAAACUAUUUGUUAAUCUUCAAGAAUAAUGGCAAAUAAAUGGCACAAACACAACUAAAUAAAUAUCAUUUACUCACAAAUGUUGAGAGCAGUUCACUGAUUAGAAUGCAAAGUUAAUCUCAGAAAGCUGCAACCUCAAGUGUGCUUUUAAUCCCUUAUUCUUUGUUGUUCUUACCCCUUAUACCCAUGUCUUCUAGUGUUUUGCUAAUAAAACCAGAUCUUUGCCGGAGGCUUUUAUAUAUAUGAUACAGAAGUUACAAUAGAAUCAGUCUUGGAAUCAAUCUUUUGAUGGUGGCUGUUUACAAAGUCUGAGCUCAAGACAUGGAGCAUUUACUUAAGAGUUGGUAGACAAUCAUAACUGACAAAAGCCUAUUCAAGGGACCAAAACUUCUAAUCACUUACAGUUAGAAUUAAAAGUAAAAAAACAAUGCAGUGACUAAUUUGGUACUUUGACCUCUCAGAGUAUAACCAGUGUUUCGUAACCAUUGAUUACUAAACAAGAGAGGUCCUUUAGUAGUCAUGUAUACUACGCAAUAAAGAAAGUAAAAAUAGACCUCAGCAGGAACUGAGAAAAGCCCUCUGCGUCAUAGCUCUGUGUCACAGCUUUCUGCGUUUAAGGAGGGGUAGCUCUGUGUUAGAGUCAACUUCUCGUUAUCCAAAGAUCUUUAGUUGUAUCCCAGGUCCUGCUGUCCAUAUGCCCAGUUCUUCUGGGGCACCACACUUAACUCUAAACUUCAACCUAGUGGUGUCUAAAUGGGACUGAUUGACACUAGUGGAUGCUUACAAAGGGUGUGGUGUGAAAGGGUGAAUGUGAUAUAAAAUGUAAAAGUGCUUUGAGUAGCCAGGAGACUGGAGAAAGCUUUCUAUAAAACACAGUCCAUUUACCCUUUACAUAACUUUGACCUCAAUCAAAUAAAUAUAGUGCCUGGCUGAUUUAGCUAUCAACUAAUAAGUUCUCAUCAAUUCUGGGUUAAAAAAAAAUUGUGUAUUGUUUUAUUUCUUAACUUUAACUUACCCAAAAUAUUCAAAUUACAGGUCUUGAUGUUCAUUAUUCAACUUAGGUUUCAAAUGUUUCUGAUUGUGCACUAAUCAGAUCUCAAUGUCUCUGAUUCAUCACUCCUCACAGAUAAUUCUAUCUUUUAUGAAUGCUCAGUUUCUUUACCUCUACUGUUUUCCUGUCUCUUUAGGAGCCACUGACCCUAUUCAGCUCAAAGGAGAGGUUGGAGGAGAAGUGGCCUUUCGCUGCCCAAUCAAAAAGCAGCAGUUUACAUUUCUGUAUUUGCAGAAAGGCCUGUCUGUGGUGAAUGGUGUCUUUGCAAAAGAAAAACUCAAACCGGAGUUAAUAUGGAACAACACAUGGCUGGAUAAGGACAUGAUUGUGCAUCUGCACAGUGUGAAUGUUUCACAUGAAGGGGACUAUGACUGCCUUGUCUCUUACAGUAAAGACACUGAGCCUGAUAAGACUGUCAUACACCUUAGUGUCACAGGUAUGAGCAUCACACAGACAGUAAAUACAUUUGACUUACAUUUGAACAUAUUCUGUUUGAAUGCUUAAGUUUAAGGGUAUAAAAAAAUCACGUCUCCUUGAGUCAUGAUGUUGUAAUCAUAUUUAUAACGCACAUCUGGUUUUGUUGGUGAAUUAGUUGUCCACACUGGAAGUGGUGCAAAUGAAAUUGGUCAGAUUAGGGUGGUAGGAUGACUAAACACAUGUUUAUGUCAUAACUUGUAAAGAUGAUAUGAUAGAAAUCCUGCUUUUAUAAUCUGAAGAAGUUAGCAGUCAGAUAUCAUCAAGAGGUAUUUGUAAACACACUUUUGGAAUAAGUUUGAACUCUGUGCUGCUUUCACAAAUCAGGGUUAUAAAUAUGGUCUGUGACUGGGGCAGUACUGCUACAGGCUAAUUGUGGAUAAUUGUGGGUAAUUUAAGGUAGAAGCCCGUCACAUGGACUCUCUAUUUAACAGGGCUACUUUUAGGAACGUUGACAAUCUGGAGAUUUCUCUAAAAGUCUCCCCCCCCACCUUAUCUUCUCUCUCUCGUCUAGCAAACUUCAGCCAGCCUGAAGUCACAGUGCUCCAUAACAACAGCAUCCAAUGGGUUGUGACAUGUUCCUCUUACGGUGGCUACCCAGCCUCUAAGAUAAGCUGGAAUGCAAGCAGGAUGGAAAUGCUAAAAGUUAACAACAGUGAAGAGACUGAUCCGGUAACUAAGACAUACAACAGCUCAAGUACUGCUGUCUUUAACUGCUCCAUGGGAGAGGUGACAUACACCUGCUCUAUGGGGGACAUGACCUCGCCCUUGUCCGUUGCCUGUGAGUACCAAGCCUUUAUAGUCCUAUCCUUUUGGUUUCAACAUCAAAGUUGACUAAAAAAUGUAAGGGCAAGUUUAAGGAAGUGGGAAAGGUGUGAAAUCCCUCCGUAUAAAUCACCUUUUUUGUCUGCUGUUUGGGAAAUGAGAGAGGGAAUUUUUGAUAUCUUUUUCCUUCCCGUACAAGAUCUGUUUUGUUGUUUGACUUUCUCAGCAAGUGUAACAUGUGUGUUUAUUCAGUCAGUGACAAUAAGCUUUGAAAAGGCAACUGAUCGGUGCGCAAAAACUCAAAAGAAAGUUACUCAUUCAUUCAGUAUAUGUAUAUUUGUAAGUUAAAAACUGCCCUUUAGCAUGAGGUGUAAAAUACAGCUUCCUUGUUUGGAAUAUCAUUGGUUUGCUGGUAUUUAGCCAUAAAGAAAACCAAUAGAAAAGAGUUCAGUUUUAUCCACAGUUCUGUGGCGAUUCACACACUACAAAACAGUGCUUAUUGGCCCACCUGUAUGCCCAACUUAUGGUUAGUAAUUUAAACUUUAAGUACUUUGGCAAGUUUUUUACAUAUAUUAAGAACUCUCAGAUGGCUCAAUUGAGGAGAUGAAAGAAAUACGUAUAAUUCAAAUGAAGUGGGCCAUUCAAAAGGGCAAAGGUGGUGCUGUUUUGAACAACGGCAGCAGCAGGAAGUAAGAAGUCAUUGUGGUGGCUGAACUGCGGAGCGCUGACACAAGUGAAAGAACACACAAUUUAUGAACAAGUUAUAUUUGUUUUGGGUUUCAUAAACUCUAACAACCCUACUUUUGGUCUAAACAGUCAAAUUAACUUAACUUCUAAACAUAGAUAGUGAUUUAAGUGACAUAAUGGAAUUUAACAUGGUUAAUAAAACCAGCAACAUAAGCAAGAUUGCAGAAAGAGGAAGGGAAAGUAGAAGUGUUGGAUACUAUCACAUAUAAAAAUAUGACUAUGAUACAAUAGUAUAACACAGUUUAUUUUUUAACAUGGUUGAUAUCUCUCCAAAGGUACACCCGGGGAACCUCCAUUCAACUAUUCUAUUGUAAUAGCAGCAGCUGCUGUCUGUGCAGUUUUGUUCAUCAUAGCAGUAGCGUGCUGCUGCUGGCUGAAAUUCAAGAAAAGAGGUGAGGGUAAAAAAAAAUGUUCCUGCACAUGCUUGCUCAUUUUACUUUGGAAAUGCAUGGAUUAUAGCUUGUAUGAUAACUUUGACUGUUGGUUUCUAACAGCACGACGACCAACUCAAGAUGUGAUACAAAACCAGGCGGAUGGAAACGCAGAGAAAGAGUAGGUGGAAAUUUCAUUCUCACACUUUAUUUUAAGUUUAAAAGGUCACACUAAGUUCAUGAAACAGCACUGUUAUGAAUUGCUGUAAAGUACCACCAGCUCAUCCUGGACCAAGUUUAUGGCUCACAUUUUUAACAAUCUGCACAACCUUGCGGUGACUGACCUCAUCUCUCCUUUCUCUUUGUUUGUUUUUUUAUAUCAUUAUUUUCCAGGCAGCAGAUCGCCCUGGUGGAAGGACCCUGAAAUCUGAAUGAACAGAGGAGAUGAUCCAAUUUCUUUGUUCUAGAAUCUAGGACUGAACUGUGCGUCACUCGAAUGUACAUUACAUGUGUGAGUGACGACUUAGAAGCUGGAACUGACCAGUGACCAGAGGCCACGGGUUGUAAGGAUUUCCCUGACAUUUAUGAAUGUAUGAGGAAGUAUUUAUAAAUAAUAUCUGUCACUGUUGAGGUACUUUAGCUGUUUCUUAGAAAAACCUGUACUUCCCAAGACAAAGACUAGUUGCACCAGUUUGUGCUGGAAUUGAUUCUCUAGACUGGAAAUGAGCCCCUCUGGGAAACUUUCUUUGGCUGCUCGAUCAGUGAAGACAAAAACAUUAAGUACUGUGUCUGAAACAGAUUUCAAUGAUGAACUGACCUCGAUGCAUAGCAAAUGGAUCUGUUACACUUUCUGUGUCAUUUUGCACUGUGCUUCAAUAUUUUAAAAUGUAGUUCAUUGUUUUAGCACUUUUUUUUACUUUUCUACUUCUUUGUUCUAUUAAUAUUAUGAUACAUGAGUCAUUGUUAGUUGAAAAUAACUGAUAUGUUACUGUAGAUCCCCUGUUAGGUUCAAGAUUUUUCUCUUACAUUGUGUACUGUAUCAGUAUCAGAAGCUGUGAAAAAUGUAAGUAGCCCAUACUGUACAGUAACGCUGCUAAAUGUUUUGAAUUCUCUGCAUUAUUAUGCUCUUCCCCUUCAAUGUUGUAAAUGCAAUAUCAACAUUGUUCUGCACUUGUUUUGUGUAAUAUAAAGUUUAAAAGGGAUAGGUUUAUCUACUUGAAUUACGUGACGAGUACCUUUCUGCCUUGUGUUAUCUCCUUUGCAUUGGCUUUGUUUCUUCUGGUUAUUGUUCUCAUGUGAAAACAAUCCUAUUUGUAAUGUGUUACGACAAACUUUAUUUAUGUCAUUUUUUUUUUAAUUACCAUUUUUCUGUACCAGAACUAAUAGUGUUAACUGUAACUCUUCUACAACAAGUUAAGGAGACCUCAAUCAUACCUCUUUAAAAUUGCUAAACAAUCCCAAAGAGCUGUUUUCCUGACUCAAACUGUACAAAACACUUUCUACUGUUUCUGCUCUCUUUUGUAUGUUUGUUAUUUAUCAUAAUCUGACGGUAGCUACAUCUCUUGGAAAUUGGCUUGGAAUCCAAGGAGGGAUGCACUGGAAGCUGAAUUGGUAGCUGGAGAGAUGCCGGGUCAUCUUCUUGAAAUUGCCAAGGUGCCCUGCUUAAGGUGCUUCUGUAUGCAGACUCCUCGCCCUGACGCCUCUCUAUCAGUGAUAUAACAAAUACUCACUUUGUCAAACGGCGAGAAAAAAAACUGAAUUUCUACUUUGGGGUAUAACGUUUUCUCUGUCUCUCUCAUGUUGAAGUGUCUUACCAAUUAAAGUUGUUUAACUGAA